GGCUGUCCUCAAGUCAGUAGCCACAGUCGGCCGGUUCUCGGCUCGCCACACUUCAUAACUAGUACGGCACCGGCCCAGUAGGAAAGCAGACGCGCGUCGCACACUUCGGCGCGCGCAACAAAUACGAAACUUGAUAAUACAAACUUUUGCAGUGGACUGUGUUGACUGGCUGUGUGAAUAGACAGUGCACUUGGGGUGUCGAUAACGUGGGGGUGAGGGGCGGUUUUGCCGGGAGCCUGGAGAAAGUGCCGUGGAGUGGCGGCGCGAGUGCGCCCUCUUUUACAUAAUAGUUGAUAACUGAAGCUUUCGUAAUUGUUGCGUGAUAACAGUACUUAUCAUUAAAACAAAGUCAGCGCUUCUCAAAGGAUGAGGUGUAAGCAUCGUUGGGCACGAUGUAUCGGUCCGAUAUUAAAAUCAACAGGAUGACCUUCACUGCCGCGCUGGUGUUGCUAUGCGUGGCAUGGGGCGCGAGUGGUGGUCAGCCGGUGUUCGACCCCAACACGCUGAUGCGGCUGGUCCUCGUGCCAGCAGACGCCACUGUCGGCUCCGUCAUCUACCGCGUUCGCGCCUCCGACCCUGACUACGAUUAUCCUCUGCAUUUCGAACUUAUAGGUCAGAUGGGGCGCCUUGACAUCGGCAUCGAGUCACUACCAUGUACCCGCUACAACUCGGUGUGCCAGGCCAAUGUAAUCUUACUGAGAAGGCUGGAACCAGGUCGCUAUGUGGACUUCCGGUUAUCAGUUCGGAACACCAGAGGAAGCUCGUCUCGGAUAGCUUGCUCCGUCACUGGAACUAACGCUACGACGCCAAGAGAUACUAUUUUUCCUCAUCAACCCAGUAUCAUAUUGGUACCAGAGGACGCAAAGCGCGGUACGGAUCUCGAAAUAGUGAUUGCGCGGAAAAAUCCACUUUCACCGAAGCCUUUAGAACUGGAGCUUUGGGGAUCGCCGCUAUUCGCAAUUCGCCAACGUCGAGUAUCCACAGAAAAUACAGAGGGGACCAUAUUUUUAGUUGGACCUUUAGAUUUUGAGGCCCAGUCUAUGUACCACUUAACACUAUUAGCUGUGGAUCCAUAUGUAGAAUUGGGAAAAGAUACGCGAAAUAUCGCUGGCUUAGAGGUUGUGCUGGUAGUUCAGGAUAUCCAGGACAUGCCUCCAGUGUUCACAGUUGCACCUCCCAUCACACACCUCCCGCAGCAAGUUGCACCUGGUGACACGGUGGUGAAAGUCCGCGCUGAGGAUGGUGAUAAAGGUGCCCCAAGACCGAUCAGAUACGGUUUAGUAUCUGAGGGGAACCCGUUCACGCCGUUCUUUAACAUCAAUGAGACUACUGGUGAAGUAACUCUUGAACGGCCUAUAGAAGAAAUCGCAGCUAUAUCUCAUGCUGGUGCUCCCAUACUCCUCACGGUUGUUGCGGAGGAGGUGCGACUAUCGAGAGAGGAACCUGAAGCUAUGUCUUCUACCGUUCAACUCGCCUUCAUUUUACCUGAAAGGGAGAAUUCACCACCGUACUUUGAAAAUCAAUUCUACAUCACUUAUUUGGAUGAAAAUGCACUCCAAGGCACUGCAUUAACCUUCAAUGACCCUUAUAUCCCGCAAGUGAAUGAUAAUGAUGCAGGCAAGAACGGUGUCUUCUCUCUCAGUCUUGUAGGAAAUAAUGGAACAUUUGAGAUAUCGCCAACGGUAGCUGAGAGACAUGCUCAAUUCAUCAUCAAAGUGCGGGAUAAUACUAUGUUGGACUUUGAAGCUCGCAAAUCUGUGAUAUUUCAGAUAUUAGCUCAAGAACUUGGGCCAGCAACAAAUCUCUCCGCAGUGGCUAACGUUACCGUUUAUCUUAAUGAUGUGAACGAUAAUGCCCCAGUAUUUUUAGCUCAAUCUUAUGAUGUGGAACUUUACGAAAACGUUACUGCUGGUACUAGAGUAACACAAGUUGCCGCAGAUGACGUCGAUACGGGAAUAUUUGGAAAAAUCCAAUACACUGCUAUAUUAGGAUAUCUAAAUACAUCGUUAUAUUUAGAUCCAACGACAGGGAUAAUUACUAUAGCAACAAAUAAUCACGGCUUCGACCGUGAGGCGAUGCCAGAUUUGCAUUUUUUAGUAGAGGCUAGAGAUGAGGACGGCGUAGGUUUAAGAGUCACAGUGCCAUUAAUUAUUAAGUUAUUAGAUGUAAAUGAUAACCCACCAGAAUUUGAAAGGUCUCUAUAUGAGUUUGUAUUAUCGCCAAGUUUGAAUAAUUUUACUUCAGCGGCUUUUGUGAAAGCAAUUGAUAAAGACGCAGAACCACCAAAUAAUGUAGUCAAAUAUGAAAUUAUACAAGGAAACUCGGAAGGAAAGUUUGCAAUAAAUGAAGAAACAGGUGAGCUAUAUCUUCUACAAACAUUAAAAAGAACAAAGAAACAUAAUAUGCAUAGACGGAAGCGCCAAUAUGAACCACAACAAGAUGACGAUAUUUUCAUUUUAACUAUUAGAGCACAUGAUCUUGGUGAGCCAAUGAUGUACUCUACUACAAUGGUAAAAAUAUAUCCACCAGAGAGCAAAACAAGAACAAUGUCGUUCAUAGUUCCUGGAGUAAAUCCAGACAGAAGGAAGCUAGAGGAGGUGCUUAGUACACUUUCUGGCGGAAAAGUUACUAUAAUUGAGAUUAAGCCCUAUAUGGGUAAAGAUAAUGGUGCGACCGAUUUGAAUGGCCAAGAGUCUAGUCAAACCAAGAGUGAAGUAAUAGCCGUAGUGCGUAUGACCGAAAAUACGUCUAUAAACGUUGCAAAACUCCAAGAACAACUGGCAAAAAAUGUAACUAUAUAUACUACUGGUAGUAGUAUAAAUUCCAACGAAGCGUCAUCUCCUACUGGAUCGGGAACUGUCGCUGUUGCAAUCCCUGGGGGUGGAACUGUUUCUGGGGGUUCAACUGGUAUUACAUCCAAUACUAAUUCUGGGACUGGCAAUCCACAAACAAAUUCUGGAACUGACAACACACAAACAAAUUCUGGAACAAUUGUUGGACAAACAGACCAUGCAUCUACUGCUGAUAAUGGCGAUUCUGGUCUGUACAGAGCUGAAAGUCGUCUGUUGUUCUGGCUCUUGAUACUUCUUGCCAUAUUAGUAGCUUUAAUAUUACUUUUGUUAAUAUGCUGCUGUAUUUGUGAAGGGUGUCCUCUUUAUAUGCCUCCAAGGAAAAGAGUGAUACGUGUCAACUCCACAGAGGACGACGUGCAUUUAGUGGUCCGGGACAAGGGACUUGGGAGGGAAAACAAGUCGACGCAAAAUUUAGAAAAUAAAUCUAUACAAGCAACCGAAUGGAGGAGACGGGAGGCUUGGAGCGCAGAGCAAGCAGACUUGAGAACAAAGCCAACACAAUGGAAAUUCAAUAAGAGAAACUACAGAUCAAAAGAACCUUCUAAACCUGCUUCAACACCUGGCGAUAUACAUCAGGAGUUUAUUCAUGCUGCUGAAGAUAACGAUUAUCGAUAUAAUAAUGCUAGACAGUCCUUUCGAAUGAGAGAAGGUCCAAACGUAAUCUAUACAAAGGAAAUGCAACUUCAAGAAGCCUUUGCUAAUAAACACAAAGAAUAUAUUGAAGAUUUAGAAAAUGGCUAUGACAGAAUCGCCACUUUACAUUAUCAAAGAAGAGAGCAGGAUAAUGACUCUAUACGUAGACACGAAAUAGAUCGGGGUUCAGAUGUUGGCGUUUUCCUCAAGUCUGAUGUUGAAAACGAUAAGGUAGACAAUAGAACAAAAUUAGAAUUUCAAGAUAAAGUACAUGCUCAAACGUCCCUCGGUAGAGAUCAAUAUUUUAUUAAAGAUGGCAAUACCGAAAUUCUAAGACUUGUAACAAGAGGAAAGAACGAAGAAGAAAGAUAUGUGAACCUUCCCUUACAUCAACAAAGACCAGUGACCCUCAUACCACACACUCAAUAUGUUGUAGUUGAUAGUGGUAAAGAUCUACUUAUGGAAAGGUUUAUUAGAGAACAAGGUGAAGAGGCAAAACAUAUAAGAGAAAGAAUGGACAGAAUUACCACUGAUUUAGAUAAUGUCACAGGUGAUAAGGAAGCUAAAAUUCUCCUACAAAGGUCACACGGAAUUGAUGCACAAUCGCAAUAUCACGAUUAUUCUAAUGUACCACCAGAGGUACCUGGAGCAAUACCUUUAAAAACUGCUUAUUUACAAUCUGCUUUAAUAGAAAUGCAAAAUAAGUCGUCAAUUCAUCAAGAACUUCUAGAAUCAUCUUUAAGAAAACAAAAUGAACUAUUACAUCAAAUACUUAUUGAACGCGAGAGAUUAUUGCAAAAUCACGAGACUGCAUCUCAAGUAGAGAGCAAGUUAGAAACUCAAAGCUUACCUGGCCAUUCAGUGAUGGCCACUCAGACAGAAUGUCAUAUUGGUACACAAACAGAACCUCAACUACUUAAGCCUACACGAAGAAAAGCCAGAAGUGACAACGACUCAUAUAGUGAAGAUGAUUCACAAAUGGUAGUAGAAGAUGAAACCAAGAAAGUUGCAUGGGUAAAAAGAAAAAAACCGAAGAAAAAAAUUAAAUACAAAGAUCCUAGACGAAGUAUUAGAGUAUAUGAUUUAAAGCGAAAGAUUAAAACUCCUAUUAUCGAGGAAAGCGAAGUGUCUCCAUCUUUGGAGAGUGAGAAACAUGUAAAAAUAAGUAAAACUAAUGAACGGGAAGAGCAUGUAAAAAAAUAUGGAGAUAGAACUAAAAGUACAGUAACGACAUCCAAGAAUGAAACGGUAUGUUCAACUCAAAUCAAAUUAUCUGAUAGUGAUAAACAAUGUAAAAUAAGAAAAGAGGUCCUAAUGGAAAUAUCAGAUUCUCUAGAUGAAAAAGUUGAUUCCGAAACAAGUGAUAGACGAUUAAGACUUCAAAGGCAAUCUCCGAUAGAAGACGACCUUUCUCCAAAACGCACUCUUGCACUUGAACAUGAAAGUAGUAAAGAAAGCGAACAAAGAAGUAGAACUAGUUCCGCAUCAAAAGAUAAUCGCAAUUUAAUAUUUUCACGGCAAGGUUCCUCUACGGAAGCUCGAGAACUUGCAGAACCACCAAUCAAAUCGCCAGUCACUGAAGAAUUUGUAAUUAAUCACAAAAUAGACAGUAAUGGUGAAUCUAGUAAUAAGAAGAAUGAUGAAGGAAAUGAAUCAACAAAAUCGUCAGAUGUUGGUAAGCCUACACAAAAAAGCUUACCAAGAUACAUGCAAUGGUACGGUAAGAAAUCUUCAAAUACAGUUACUAAACCACCAUUAGAAAAAGCUAUCCCAAGUAAGCCUAAACGACCUUCCAAAUCAAAGAUCGAAGUAGAUAAAAACAUUCCAAAGGAAGAGAAAACUGGAAAAUACGGAAAAAUCAUUAGUAAAGACAGUCAAAAUGACAAUGCUGAGGCAAAAAAAAACUCCAAAGGAAAAGACGGUGAAUUUAUUCAUCCUCGACUACUAAAAGAGGAGAAAGUAACACCUGUUCCUGAAGGACCACUACCUGACGUUCAUCCUUUACUACAGCAUUCUGAACACAGAUACGAACAUCAAUACGAAAACCAAAAUCCUUUAUGUUAUAUACAACCUACCCAUAUUCCGAAAUAUCUAGGCAGUCAGCCCAAUAUAGCUCGUAGACAGUCAAUAGAACAGCAGCCAAUUUAUGUAAAUCAAGAUGACGUGAAGAAAAAAGAAGCAAAACAAGAUAUUUCAGAAAGUGCGCUUACACAUAGCAUUUCAAUUUCAACUAGCUACGAAGAAGAUAAAAAGAAUGCUCCAGAAGUUCAUGUUUCAAAAAUAAAUAUUGGAGGAGAUAGUGUGGUUGAAAUGAGACCUGUUGGCAAAACGGACGAUAAUGAUUCUGGUAUUGCAAUGAAUACUCUCGUUCAACAGACAGGUAAUAUAAAAAGAUUACCAAUAACCGAAAAGAAGAGCAUAUUCACUAUAGCAUACGAUGACGUUCAAACAAAACAAUUGAGACCUGACAGUAGUUCAACAUCAUAUUGAGAUAACAUAUUAUUGUAAUCGUUGUUGAGUGCCUUAUUAUUGUGAAUAUUAUUUUUGACUAUUAAUCAAAUAUGUGAUUACCUAUGUCAUUCGUUCCGUCCAGUAUUUUGAUAUUAAUCGACUGUAUGUAAAUAAAUAGAUAAUUAUAAUGAAUUGAUAAACAACUGCCUUUAUUUGAUGACUGGUAUUAAUAAUUGUAAAAGUAUUCAUUUUAUGUAAAUAAAAACAAGUUGAAAUUAGUUAUAGGCAAAAUAAUAUUAUUUAAAUUAAUUUAAGCUUUAAUAAUAACUGUAAAUAUUUUUUAUUGAUCACAC